GCCACUGAGAACACCGUCUGCAGAGAGAGAAGACCAAACUACUGAGCUCUACCUCAGAGAUAUACAGGAGAGACCAGAACUAAAGACUCAGUACUAGACCCAGGACCCAACACCUAGGUCCCAGGACUCUUUAACUAAGCCCAGGACUCUUUAACUAGACCCAGGACUCUUUAACUAGACCCAGGACUCUUUAACUAGACCCAGGACUCUUUAACUAGGCCCAGGACUCUUUAACUAGAACCAGGACUCUUUAACUAGACCUAGGACUCUUUAACUAGGCCCAGGACUCUUUAACUAGGCCCAGGACUCUUUAACUAGGCCCAGGACUCGAACCCAAACACAACAUCCAAACCCAGGACUAGACCCAGACAUCCAACCGCAGAACCAGGGAGGAACCAGGGUACGCUGACCCAUAAAGGAUCUAGGAGCAGGUUCUGUUACACAGGAACUCCCCUUACCCAGCCAUGCCUGCCUCUGGAGGGACAGAUGCUAAGGGGGAGGAUUUCUCUACUGCUAUCCUGAAGCAGAAACACAGACCCAACAGACUGGUGGUGGAUGAAGCCCACAAUGAAGACAACAGCAUCGUCAGCCUCUCACAGGCGAAGACAGAGGAGCUGCAGUUGUUCCGUGGCGACACGGUGGUCCUGCGGGGGAGGAAGCGCCGUGAGACGGUGUGUAUCGUGUUGACAGAUGACACCUGUCCAGACGAACGCGUCCGCAUGAACCGCGUCACACGCAACAACCUGAGGGUACGCCUCGGUGAUGUCAUCAGUGUCCAUGCAUGCCCAGAUGUGAAGUACGGCGUGCGUAUCCAUGUCCUGCCGAUAGAUGACACCAUCGAAGGGUUAACGGGAAACCUGUUCGACGUCUUCCUGAAACCCUACUUCUUGGAAGCCUAUCGGCCUGUACACAAAGGCGACAUCUUCCUGGUGCGAGGGGGCAUGCGGGCAGUGGAGUUCAAGGUGGUGGAGACAGACCCCGCCCCCCACUGCAUCGUCGCCCCGGAUACCGUCAUCCACUGCGAGGGACAGCCAAUCAACAGAGAGGACGAGGAGGAGAGUCUGAAUGACGUAGGCUAUGAUGACAUUGGAGGUUGUCGUAAACAGUUAGCUCAAAUCAAAGAAAUGGUGGAGCUUCCCCUCAGACAUCCUGGACUAUUCAAGGCUAUAGGAGUCAAGCCUCCCAGGGGUAUUCUGCUGUAUGGACCUCCAGGUACAGGGAAGACACUGGUUGCCCGGGCCGUCGCCAACGAGACUGGAGCAUUCUUCUUUCUCAUCAAUGGACCUGAGAUCAUGAGUAAGAUGGCCGGAGAGUCGGAGAGCAACCUGAGGAAAGCCUUCGAGGAGGCAGAGAAAAACUCUCCCGCCAUUAUCUUCAUAGAUGAACUGGAUUCUAUCGCUCCUAAGAGAGAGAAGACCCAUGGGGAGGUGGAGAGGCGUAUCGUAUCACAGCUCCUCACCCUGAUGGAUGGACUGAAGCAGAGAACUCACGUUAUCGUCAUGGCAGCCACCAACAGACCCAACAGCAUCGACCCUGCCCUGAGACGCUUCGGCAGGUUUGACAGAGAGAUCGACAUCGGCAUCCCAGACGCCACUGGUAGACUGGAGAUACUGCAGAUUCACACCAAGAACAUGAAACUAUCUGAUGACGUGGACCUGGAGAGGGUUUCCAUGGAUGCGCAUGGCCAUGUGGGGUCAGACCUGGCAGCUCUGUGUUCUGAAGCGGCUCUGCAGGCCAUCAGGAAGAAGAUGACUCUGAUUGACCUGGAGGACGACACAAUCGAUGCUGAACUGCUCAACUCACUGGCAGUUACCAACGAUGACUUCAGGUGGGCGCUGGGGCAGAGUAACCCGUCAGCUCUGAGGGAGACAGUAGUGGAGGUUCCUAAUGUCAACUGGGAGGAUAUAGGAGGACUGGGAGAGGUCAAGAGAGAACUACAGGAACUAGUACAGGAACUACCAACAGGUAGAGGGAUGUGGGGGGUCUUUAUUAUAGGAGCUACCAACAGACCUGAUAUAAUAGACUCUGCGAUCCUCCGUCCAGGGAGGCUGGACCAGCUCAUCUACAUCCCUCUACCAGACACAGCCUCCCGUACCGCCAUCCUUAACGCCAACCUACGCAAGUCCCCAAUCGCCAGGGAUGUAGACCUGCCCUACCUGUCUGGUAUCACCCAGGGUUUCAGUGGGGCAGACCUGACAGAGAUCUGCCAGAGGGCCUGUAAGCUGGCCAUCAGAGAGGCCAUAGAGGCUGAGAUCAAAGCAGAGCGCCAGAGGCAGACCCACCCAGGCACUGCCAUGGAUGAGGACUGUGACCCUGUUCCAGAGAUCAGGAAGGAUCACUUUGAGGAGGCCAUGAGGUUCGCCCGGCGCUCCGUCAGCGACAAUGAUAUCAGGAAGUAUGAGAUGUUUGCCCAGACACUACAGCAGAGCAGAGGCUUUGGGAACUUCAGGUUCCCAUCUGGCUCUCAGUCCGGAGGUCAAGGGUCGGGGUCAGGGGGACAGUUCAGAGACGAGGUAGAGGACGACCUCUACCAGUGAGAAGGAAGACUUGUAAUCCUGGAGACAACCACCUCUAUCACACCUGCCUGCAUAUGAUGUGGAACUCUGGAUCAAUUAGAUUGUUGUGGGAAUCAAAUACGGACAGAAUAACUUUUAACAGCACAUAACGUUUGUGCUUCUCAGCUUAUCGGUGCAGUCUUAAAUGUUUCUCAUAACAACUGCUGCAUCAUAAUAACUGCUGCAUCAUAACAACUGGUGCAUCAUAAUAACUGCUGCAUCAUAAUAACUGCUGCAUCAUAAUAACUGCUGCAUCAUAAUAACUGCUGCAUCAUAAUAACUGGUGCAUCAUAAUAACUGCUGCAUCAUAAUAACUGCUACAUCAUAAUAACUGGUGCAUCAUAAUAACUGCUGCAUCAUAAUAACUGCUGCAUCAUAAUAACUGCUGCAUCAUAAUAACUGCUACAUCAUAAUAACUGGUGCAUCAUAAUAACUGCUGCAUCAACUGCUGCAUCAUAAUAACUGCUGCAUCAUAAUAACUGCUGCAUCAUAAUAACUGCUACAUCAUAAUAACUGCUGUAUCAUAAUAACUGCUGCAUCAUAAUAACUGGUGCAUCAUAAUAACUGCUGCAUCAACUGCUGCAUCAUAACAACUGCUGCAUCAUAAUAACUGCUACAUCAUAAUAACUGCUGCAUCAUAAUAACUGCUGCAUCAUAAUAACUGGUGCAUCAUAAUAACUGCUACAUCAUAAUAACUGGUGCAUCAUAAUAACUGCUGCAUCAUAAUAACUGCUACAUCAUAAUAACUGCUGCAUCAUAAUAACUGCUGCAUCAUAACAACUACUGCAUCAUAACAACUACUGCAUCAUAAUAACUGCUGCAUCAUAAUAACUGGUGCAUCAUAAUAACUGCUGCAUCAUAACAACUGCUGCAUCAUAAUAACUGGUGCAUCAUAAUAACUGCUGCAUCAUAAUAACUGCUGCAUCAUAAUAACUGCUGCAUCAUAAUAACUGCUGCAUCAUAAUAACUGGUGCAUUUGAGGAAUCGAGUCUGUUUGUUUUUUCUUGGAAGAAUAAUUUGUAAAAGCUGGAUGAUCAAAGUACAAUGAAUAUAACUGUGAUUGUUGUUGUUGUUGUGUUUGAGCUGGUCAUCAUGGAAGGAAUGCUGAUUAAAAUCUGAAAUGUAAUCAAUUUAGUAUUUUACUAUUAAAACAAC